AGAAGGAUGAGAGUUUAUGUUCCUGGCACAUUUCAAAUUAAACGACACGGAUCCUUUCUCGAAAUCUAGAUUUCUUACCAUUCAAAUUUCAACCCGCGCUUUGAGAUUAAAAAUACAAGAGAGUAAACUGGGUACCACACUGAUCCCCCAAGAUCUCCAGCUUUCUUUCCUUUCCAUCCAAUUAGCACCAAAACAACGACCCAUCGGAAUAGCCUUGAUUUAAGGGACAAAGCUACUCGAGUAUAUAAAAGAGCUACUUCGGCAGCUAAGGAAGGAUAGGGCUACCGUCUAAACCUAGUUUUUCCCAAUGAUCCAAUAGUGGUAGAGGACAAGGAAACUACUGUACAUUCACGAUACCAUCACACUCCACCUUUGCCAUUAGUCACCCGCCGAAAGCAAUAGAUACGAUUCACUCAUUUUCCCAGCCUCGAUUCUCUCUCUUCCAUUUUCCUACUCACGACUUUACCUUUUAAAAUCCUCCUUCUUCCUCUCCUCAGCCGCUCUAUCCUCCUCCUUGCCCUCCUCCUCUUCCGCCCUCCUAUUGCUUUCAUUUUAAAAUACCGCAAUAAUGGCCCGAUCUACAAUAAUCUCAACUUUGCUCUUGAGCUCUUCGCUUUUGAGUUUCGCAAAUGCAAACACAGUGCACAUGGGAAUCGCAAAAAAUCAUGCCAACGAAGCACAGCAAUUACAAAGGCGCCAGCAAUAUCUUCAGCGUCGAGGUAUGGGAGAGGUUAUACGAGUUACAGAAAGAGCAGAUACAGUGACAGCAGAUUUGGGAAAUGCCUUGACGAGUGGCCUAUACUAUGCGAAUGUUACAGUGGGAAGUCCGGCACAACAGCUGAGUUUACAGAUCGAUACGGGUAGUUCUGAUGUUUGGGUACCAAGUGCGAGUGCUAGCAUUUGUGAGGAUACUAAAGAUGGAGGAUGUCCUGGUGGGAGCUGUAUGUAUUUCUAUACUUUCCGAGCAAGUUUAUGGAGGAAGAUUGCUAACAAAAUCCAGUUGACUCCUCCAGCUCCACAACCUUCCACGAAGUAGAUCGAGACGCCUUCAAUAUCUCAUAUGUAGAUGGAACUGGAUCGACUGGAGAUUAUUUUCAAGAUACCUUCUCGAUUGGUGGAGCUACAGUCAAAAGUUUUACGAUGGGUCUUGCUACAGACACUUCCAUUUCAAUUGGAAUCAUGGGCAUUGGAUAUAAUAGCUCCGAGGCAAAUAUUCAAACUGGAAAUGGUACUACGUAUGCGAAUUUACCGAACGUCUUGGUUUCUUCAGGAUUGAUAAAUAGCAAUGCUUAUAGCUUGUGGUUAGAUGAUUUAGGUGAGUUUCUUUUCUUCACAAGACAUUUCUGGGAACGAAGCUAAUAUCAAUGUAGAAUCAAGUACUGGCUCAAUAUUGUUCGGUGGUAUCGAUACGGAAAAAUAUGCUGGUGACCUAGUCACUGUCAAUGUCUAUCCAAGCUCCCGUGGAGGGUCGGUAACAUCCUUCACUGUAGCUUGGACUUCCCUUUCGGUUCAAUCUUCAUCUGGAACGGAUCAGUUGACCCCAACCAAUUUUGCUCAACCAGCCAUCCUCGAUUCUGGAACCACUAUUACCCUUCUACCUGACAAUGUUGCCGCUGUCAUCUUCGAAGAACUUGGAGCCACAGUAUCUCAACAGCUUGGCGCAGUAGUCGUUCCCUGUUCUUUAGCCCAGAAAUCUGGAAGCAUAAACUACGGAUUUGGAGGAGUGGAUGGUCCUACUAUUAAGGUUGAUGUAUCACAACUCGUAUUACCUCUCACCACAAGUGAUGGACGUACACCAACUUACAGCAAUGGUGAUCCAGCUUGUCAACUCGGUAUUCAAGCCGCCGGUUCGAACCCUACGCUUUUUGGGGAUACAUUCUUACGGUCAGCCUAUGUUGUUUAUGACCUAGAAAAUAACAGAAUUGGACUCGCGCAAACCGAUUUUAAUGCCACUGGGUCCAAUAUCGUACCGUUUGCAAGCGUAGGUGCAGCCAUUCCAAGUGCAUCAAGCGCACCCAAUGAAGCAGCUGUUACACAGACAGCUUCUGGCAACCCAAGAGUUGGUGUUACGGCAACUGCGACUGGAACUGGUCAAGCAAGUUACAAUCCAACUGCCACGGGAUUGAAUGCUGAAGCAGGCUUCACUUCAACAUCAACAUCAACAUCAUCUAGUACUGGGAAGAAAUCUGCAGGAUCAUCGGGUCCUGGACCAUUUGAAUGGGCUAGAGUUUUCGUUGGUGGUAUUGCGAUGAUAAUGGUUGGUAUCGGUGGUGGGAUCUUUACUCUUUUGAUAUAAUGAAGCUUGGGUUAAGUUGUAGGUAAGUUUAGCAGUGAAGGAUAUACAUAAACCAAAUACAUUGUACAUUAUACACUUACACAGCCAUGUGUAUCUUCAUGAUGCGAUACUAAGGGAAUGUCGUAAUUGGCGCAAAGAGUUUUUGUUUUGAAUGUUAGAGAUUACAUCGGUGGAUGGGCAUAUUUGCAUGGAGUAUUUCAUAUUCGGUAUAACAAAAAGUGUGAAAUAGAGAAUAGAGAAUAAAGAGAAUAUAAU